CAACACUCGCCUCAGUAAACAUCUAAAUUUUAGUCCCCCGUGUUUUUUCCCCUCUCUCUAUCUUAAGCACAAUGAACAGCUUUGCGGUGAUUUUGGCGUUCGCUCUGGCAGCCAUUGCCGUCGCCGAGCCGCCCUCCGGAUACAACUACCGGCCAUCCGGUGGCCACGGAGGGGGCGGUGGUGGCGGCUAUAGCCACGGUGGUGGUGGUGGCGGUGGCGGCUAUUCGAGCGGCGGUGGCUACUCGAGCGGUGGUGGCGGCGGCGGCGGCGGCUACUCGAGCGGUGGUGGCGGAGGUUACGCCCUAAGCGGCGGAAGCUUCUCCAGCUCCGGAUCGUACAGCAGCGGGGGUGGUGGCGGCGGCGGAUACCAGCAGGUUUCGCCCGGCGUCCAGACCUCCGAGGGCCUGAACGUCGAUCCGCAGCUGCUGAACGAGAUCCGACAGAUUCUGUUGCGCGAGGAAAGCCAAGGUUCGUCGUCGUCGUCGUCGGGAGGUGGCGGAUAUCCGUCGGCGCCGUCCGGUAGCUACGGUGCGCCGUCCGAUUCGUACGGACCGCCGUCCUCCUCGUACGGAGUGCCGUCCGGUGGCCACUCGAGCCGCGUCGUCGGCAUCGACCUCGAGGGCGUGAAGCAAGCCAUCCAGGUGGCGCAGUUCCUGCAGACCUCAUCCUCGUCGGUCCCGUCCGGCUCGUACGGUGCCCCGUCCGGUUCCUACGGCGCCCCGUCGCGCCCCUCGGUCCCGUCCGGCUCGUACGGUGCUCCCUUCUAAGCGGAGGGGAAACGGACACCACCAGCGUACCGACGCACUGACGGAACGGACCGAGCGAUCUGCGAACUACCCAAUCGGACCACGCAACGCACCCCACCACGCAACACAAAAACACGCAAAUGCACGUGAAGAAAAAACACAAGGAACAUGGAAAAAACACGCCGCAACCACCAUCCUGCGGCGGCAACAUCAACUGAGCGAGGAAACCACAGCCGUCCCGGGGCGACUGGACCACUGGGACAAUGGUCCUCGCCCGUGGCGGUGGCGGCAACGGCGGGCGAUCCCUCGCCGGCCGCCCUCCCGCUGUCGGGGCGGGUGUGGUGGAGCACGUCCGUGCGCCAAACCAACAGGACUCCGGAGGCUCCCCUACCCACAAGCGAAGGCCGGAUCGGUCGGCCCCCUGAGAACCCCCGAAACACCAUCAUAGAAGAGCACCGCGGGCCGACCGUUUGGCCUCUUCGCUGCACUUUCCGCGGGCUCCCGAGAGAACCGUUGGUUGGCGGACAGUUACACCAGCCUUCGUCCGCGCACGGACGGGCACGUGAUCAGAGAUU